UUGCAGUCCAAGGGACUCGCAAGAGUCUUCUCCAACACCACAGUUCAAAAGCAUCAAUUCUUUGGCAUUCAGCUUUCUUCAUAUGAUUUCCUAAAUAGUUCCUAAUUAGCAGCUUUUCCAAAACAAACUAAUAUUAAAUAUAUUCCAACAAAACCUCAUUUCAAGUUACUACAGUUUCUCAUCAUCAACUAGCAAGUUUUAAGAAGUGAUUCCUGAAUCUAUUUCGGUGAGACUUACUUUGUUUUACCCUUGCUUUUUAAAAGAGGUACUAUGAAAACGCGUAAAAUCCCCUCUGGUGACCUCGUCCACUGCCACCAGCUCCCCACCCCCACCCUGUCCCCCUGCAGGGACCCCACCGUGAAAAAGAGGAAGCUUUUCCAUCGCGGAGGGUUCUGCCCCGGGCUCCGAGAGUUUCGUAAUGUUUGCGCAUUUAAUUAAAGCGUUCAGCUGACAGAUUACCGUUAAAAGGAGGCCCGCUGUGUCCCCAGAGGGUUGCGGACCCUGUCGGUUGAAGGGCUGGUGGGCGGACGGGCGGUAGGGUCCCCGGAAGACGCGGGCAAGCUGUCCUUCGGCCCCAUUUCUGUGAUCUGGCGUCUGUGAUCUGGCGUCUGUGAUCUGGGCUUUCCCCCUCUGAAGGGGGCCGGGAGGGUCUCCCCAGCGCGGGGCUCCAGUCUGCUCACCUAGGACAGCCACCCUCCUUGCAGUCAUAAAGUGGACUCUGGCUCGUUUGGCGAAGUCUGGAGAGCAGAGAGAAACACAUGGGAGUCUGAGAACCCUAGGCUGGGUCGUGGAGAAGACAGAUGGAAAUCACACACGUGUGGGCAUGCAAAUGAUCUGUGAUGCUCUGCGCGCCGAUUGUGCAAGUGCGGGACAUGUAAACGGGGAACAGAGAUAAGAGCCCUGCUCGCGCCUCUGUGCUCAGCCGUCCCGCGAUCCGACAGUUCCACUCAGAACACAGAGGGGCGGCCGCCCGGCGCAGUCUGCAUCCGCCACCGCGUCUGCACCGCUCCGCCUGCAGAGCAGAGGGGCCUGAGGGGACGCCACACCAGAGAUCGGCACCCCGUAUCCCGAGGCCACCCUCAACGGCCGCAGCAUGGACGUGAACAUGACGCGCCCGGACAACGCCACCAUCCUGAUGCUGCGCGACCCGGCCAUCGCGGUGGUGCUGCCCGUGGUGUACUCGCUGGUGGCGCUGGUGAGCAUCCCGGGCAACCUGUUCUCGCUGUGGGUGCUCUGCCGGCACAUCGGGCCCAAGACGCCGUCGGUCAUCUUCAUGAUCAACCUGAGCGUCACGGACCUCAUGCUGGCCUGCGUGCUGCCGUUCCAGAUCUACUACCACUGCAACGGCAACCACUGGGUGUUCGGCGUGCUGCUCUGCAACGCCGUCACCGUGGCCUUCUACGCCAACAUGUACUCGUCCAUCCUCACCAUGACCUGCAUCAGCGUGGACCGCUUCCUGGGCGUCGUGUACCCGCUGGCGUCCGCACGCUGGCGCCGCCGCCGCUACGCGCUGGCUGCGUGCGCCGCCGCGUGGCUGCUGCUGCUGGCGGCGCUGUCCCCGCUGGCGCGCACCGACCUCACCUACGCCGUGGACGCGCUGGGCAUCGUCACCUGCUUCGACGUGCUCAAGUCCAACAUGCUGCCCAGCGUGGCCAUGUGGGCCGCCUUCCUCUUCACGCUCUUCGUCGUGCUCUUCCUCAUCCCCUUCGUGGUCACCGUGGCCUGCUACACCGCCACCAUCCUGACGCUGCUGCGCUCCGCCGACCGCCACGGCCGCGCGCAGCGGCGCCGCGCCGUCUCCCUGGCCGCCGUGGUGCUGUUCGCCUUCGUCGCCUGCUUCGCCCCCAACAACUUCGUGCUCCUGGUGCACAUGGUCAGCCGCCUCUUCCUGGGCCGCAGCUACUACCACAUCUACAAGCUCACGCUCUGCCUCAGCUGCCUCAACAACUGCCUGGACCCCUUCGUCUACUACUUCGCGUCCAGCGAGUUCCAGCUGCGCCUCCGCGACUACCUGGGCUACGGCCCGCUGCCCGCCGCCGACAGCCCCGACAGCCGCCACGAGAGCCUCUUCUCCGGGCGGACCCUGUCCGCGCGCUCCGUGGACGGGCAGGAGGCGCCCGAGAGGCCCAGCGUGAAACGGCAGGAGAGCGUGUUCUGAGACAGGCACCCCUCAUCGCGAGUGGAGCGGGGGGCGUUGAAGGACAGCAGGCGUCUUUGGGGCCUGUUUUCCGUCACUCUGGCUGCGCUGGGAUUCAGCCGGACCACGCUGGACGGGAGCCUUCUCUGCCUGCCGCCUCCCCGCCGACCGCCCCCAGCCACAGCAGGUCCUCCUGGGGUCUGCGGUGGUUCCUGGCCUGACCCCUGCGAUCCUUUGAGGACCGGGCGAGACCAGCGAGCACACGAACCCGCAGCAGCCCCCCGCAGCUGUGAGGUUUUGAAAAGAUGAUGGACCGCAGUUCCUGGAGCGCCGGGGAUGCUGAGACAGCAGGUCGUCAGGCUCUGCCUGAAAUAACCUCUGUGCAUGACAGGGAGAAGCAUAGGAUAAGUUCAGGGUUCCCUCGGGGGGGGGGGGGGGGGGGAUGGAGAAGAAAACAGCUCUGAAGCCUGUAAGGUGACACCUGGCAGGGGCCAGUGGGGAGGGGCUCAGGGAGACCCCCAGGGCAGGGUGGCUGCAAAGCAGGUGACAUCCCCCCCAUCAGACCUCAGAGAUGUUGGUGGGAUUGUGAGCCGAUGUUAACGCGAGCAGUUGGUCCCCCGACGUCAUUGCUUGGGAAUGAGAACCACACACGCGUGUGGCGGAGUGGAUGGUGUCCCAACCCUGCAAAUCCACGUCUGCCCGGAAUAUCAGAGUGUGACCUACAGGAUCAGGGUGGCCCUAGACCCCGUGACAGGGUCCUUAAAAGACACCAAAGAGGAGAGACACGGACACAGAGGAGAAUCCACGUGGACAUGGAAGCAGAGAUGGGAGGGAGGCGGCCACCAGCCCAGAGACUGACGCCCGGAGCCCUCAGAAGCCGGAAGAGGCGGGGAGGACCCUCCCCUGGAGACUCUGCAGGGAGCUCAGCCCUGGGACACCCUGACCUCAGACGCGUGGUCCCCGGGACUAGGGGAGGAUGGAUGCCUGUCUGGGGCGUUAAGCCCCUCAUUUAUACAACCGUCACGGCUGCCCUAGGAGACCCCUACAGUCUGCAAUUCUGAGACUGGGCCUCUGGCCACUGGCCGGGUGAUUCUAGGGGUCGCAGUGCCUGAUGCUGGCUCCCGGGGCGGGACCUGCAUAGGGCAGUCCAUGCUCUUGGCGAGGAGAAGGACUCGCCUGGGGGUCCCAUCCAUCCCCAUCCCCACCAUGGGAGCCCCACACAGAGGACAGUGUCCAAGCCAGUCUGCAGUGUUUGCACAGGGCAGAGACCCACCGUUUGCUGCUUUCAGAAUGCGGGCCAGACACACCCCCCGCCCGAGAAAGGACAUGCGCCCACCGGUGGCUGGAGAAGGGCCGGCUUCAAGGACUCGUAUCGCCCCAGGAUGGUGUGUGGUCCACACGCUCUUCCCAACUGUUCCCCGAGCCAAGCCCCUAGAAAGUCAGGUCGCCACGACAACAGUCCGGAGGCAGAAAAAACCCUGACCCAGCAAGACAGUGGCAGCCACGUCCUGGGCGUGGGCUUCCAGCGUCUGACUCUAAAAAGCUGUGAAAAACCUCAAACCACCCUCACGGAACCGUCUUCUUGCUGAGCUGAGAACAAGCAUCACCAUUUGAAUUCGGAGGAAGCCAGUCUAAGCAAUAACGCUGCCCCUCACCACCCCCAACCCCCAGUCCUCAAUGGGUGUGACGUCCAUCCAGCCUUUGGGUCCCAGAGAGCUCAGGUCACAUUUCGUCACCAUCUUCACCAACAGUUCGUUGUCCAGCCCCUCAGGGUCACGGACAUCUCCCUGAUUUCUGCGUCCCAAGGACUCCCAGUUCCACUGAAGUUGCCCAGUAUCCAACAGCAUCUUCAGGGAACCGUCAGCCUUUCUGAGGGGUGCCUGUCGGAUCACUGAAAAUCCCAGGGCUGAAUUUCCUUCUGUUUCAGCACGUUAAUAAUAUUGUUCUUGUUCAGUAGCUCAGUCGUGUCCGACUCUGCGACCCCAUGGACUGCAGCACACCAGGCUUCCCUGUCCUU